AUGUCCCUAGACUCGCCUCAAAUUCCGUGCGCGCCUCGAAAGGUCUCCCUUUUCCUAUCUUCCCGGAUCGCUCUCACCUCACCUUGCCCCUAUUUCUCCCCAGCUAGCCCUCCCUCUUUUCCCCCCUCGAUUUCCAAGGAGCGUAGCCUCAUUUUCCCCUCUGCUUGCCCUCCUUUCCCCCCUUCUCCCCCUCAUUUUCCCCCUUGGUUCCUCUCAAUUCCCCCCCUGCUCCCUUUCAAGUCCCCCCUUGCUCCCUCUCAUUUCCCCUCUUCUCCCUCUCAUUUCCCCCCUUCUCCUGCUCAUUCCCCCCCUUCUUCCUCACGUUUCCCCCCGUUCUCUCUCUCCUUUCCCCCACUUCCCCCUCUCAUUUUCCCCCUUUCUUUCUCACAUUUCCCCCCCUGCUCCCUCUCAUUCCCCCCCCCCCCAGCUCCCGCUCAUUUCCCCCCUUCUUCCUCUCAGUUCCCUUCAACCUUCCUCUCAAGUCCCCCCUUGCUCCCUCUCAUAUCCCCCCCUUCUCCCUCUCAUUUCCCCUCUUCUCCCUCUCAUUUCCCCCCUUCUCCUGCUCAUUUCCCCCCCUUCUUCCUCACAUUUACCCCUCUUCUCCCUCUCCUUUCCCCCACUUCUCCCCCUCAUUUUCCCCUUUCCUCCUCUCAUUUCCCCCCCGCUCCCUCUCAUUUCCCCCCUGGUCCCUCUCAUUUUCCCCCCUGCUCACCCUCACUUCCCCCCUUUCUCCCUCUUCAUUUCCCCGUCUCCUUCCCCUCAUUUCCCCCUCUCUGUCUACUCAUUUCUCCCCUCUCCUUUCCCACGUUUCCCUUCUCCGUCCCCUCCUUUCCCCCUCUCCUUCCCCUCCUUCCCCCUCUCCUUCCCCUCAUUCCCCCCUCUUUCCUCUCAUUUCGCCCUCUCCUUACCCUCAUUUCCCCCUUUCCUUCCUUCCCCUCAUUUCGCCCUCCUUCCCCUCAUUUCGCCCUGCUUACGAAUGCGCUCGUCAGCUCGACAGUUGUCAAACAAUCAGCUUUGCACCUCCCACCACCCACUGAGUUCAAGCCUCUCCCGUGUUACCCUGUCACCACUGCUGCAUAUCUUCCCUACAUGCCUCUCUCCCUCUCCUCUCUCCGUGCAUUGUUCUACCCUGCCAUGCCCUUCCCUUGCCUUCUUUACCCUGCCGGCAGGUGA